UAUUGGGCUUGAUGGUUAUAAAUUAAACAAAGGCGCGAAAGUGCGAAACCAUCGUUAGGGUUUCUGAGUGCAGUGAGGGUUUUGUUGGUUCUCUACUCUACUCAACUAUUCACCAUGAGCAGAUCAGGGCAGCCACCGGAUUUGAAGAAGUACAUGGACAUGAAGCUUCAGAUAAAACUUAAUGCAAAUAGGAUGAUUGUUGGUACCCUCAGGGGUUUUGACCAGUUUAUGAACUUAGUUGUUGACAACACUGUGGAAGUCAAUGGCAAUGAAAAGAAUGAAAUAGGGAUGGUGGUAAUUAGAGGAAACAGUGUAGUUACUGUUGAAGCACUUGAACCUGUGAACAGGGCCUGAUUUCUGUUUCAUUGUAAUAUUUCUCAGUAUAUUGCAUUGUUUGAAUUGGUGUGUAUUUUGAACAAUGUAGAUGGCUGAGUUCUGUGAGUAACAUGAAAUUGUGGAUCUUAAAGGUUCUUUUCCUUUCUCAGCUGAUUUGUUAGUGUAGCGUAUGGUGCAUACCGCUAUGGUUUUAUUGGGAUGGCA